AUGCUCAAUGUCACCGAUGUGACAGAGUUUAUUCUCUUGGGACUCACCAGUCACCGGGAAUGGCAAGUCCUCUUCUUCAUCAUUUUCCUGGUGGUCUACAUCAUCACCGUGGUGGGUAAUAUCAGCAUGAUCAUGCUAAUUAAGGUCAGUCCACAGCUUGGCAGCCCCAUGUACUUUUUUCUAAGUCAUCUGUCAUUAGUGGAUGUGUGGUUUUCUUCCAAUGUCACCCCUAAAAUGUUGGAAAACCUGUUAUCAGAGACAAAAACUAUUUCUUACGCUGGUUGCUUGGUACAGUGUUUCUUCUUUAUAGCCCUUGUCCACGUAGAGAUUUUUAUUCUCGCUGUGAUGGCCUUUGACAGGUACAUGGCCAUCUGCAACCCUCUGCUUUAUGGCAGUAAAAUGUCCAGGACUGUCUGUAUUCAGCUCAUCUCUGUGCCUUAUGUCUACGGAUUCUCUAUUAGCCUAAUAUGCACCCCGUGGACAUAUGGCUUGUACUUCUGUGGAAAUUUUGAAAUUAACCACUUCUAUUGUGCUGACCCUCCUCUCAUCAAGAUUGCCUGUGGGGGGAUACACAUCAAAGAAUACACCAUGAUAGUUACUGCUGGGAUUAACUUCACAUACUCCCUCUCAGUGGUCUUCAUGUCCUAUACCCUCAUUGUAAUAGCCGUGCUACGCAUGCGCUCUGCUGACGGGAGGAGGAAGGCGUUCUCCACCUGCGGGUCCCACUUGAUGGCUGUUACCAUGUUUUAUGGGACUCUCAUAUUCAUGUAUCUCAGGAGGCCCACUGAAGAGUCUGUGGAGCAGGGGAAAAUGGUAGCUGUGUUUUAA